AUGAAGUCGGAGGACCGGAUUAGGAAAAUAGGGUGGGAACCGAUUAAUCUGAUGAUCGGGAAUCCGGCUCGGUCGCUGGGAGGACGAUUACACCCAACGACAACAGUGAUGGGCUCGUACAAGGAUCUUCUGGCUGGCUUGAAGGACAAACCCGCGAUUUCUAGACAGCCAGUAUCGAUUUCUCCUUCUCCAUCAGAAGCACGAGCGCGAGCAUCUAUGCAAAAGUAUAAAAAUCUUCCCUCUACCGACUCCGACUACGAUCUGAGGAUUAUGGCGAUUGGAGCAUGUUCAAAUCUUGACAAGGACAACUCUUCGCAACAGCAGUCACUAGAAUCCCCAUUUGCUGAAUUUCAAGUAAAACUUGCUAAAGAAACUGUGAAGGAUAUGAUCAAAAGUGCCAUCCCAAGGAGUAGUUCGUCUAUUGAAGCAGACUCGUUAGAAUCAAUCCUAGUUCCAGAUGCCCAAGGUCGUCUGCAGUUUGGAGAUCCAAAGACAAGGAACAAGCGCACAACCCGUGGUUUAUAUGCUAUUUCAAGUUUCACUGAAGCAGCUCACACGCUACAGAACCAAAUUCAAGCGAUCUCGUCAUCCCACACUCCGGAAGAGAUACGGAACAUCUUAUGUACCGUAGAGGAUAGCUCCGAAACCCUUCGUUAUCAGCUCACUUCUGUGACCCAGACUGCCGUUGCCGAGGAGGUCAAAGAAGUGAGAGCAAUAUUGGAGUCGUUGGAUCAGGUGGUCCGCAUGUGGAGAUUAGAGUAUCCAGACUCAUCUCCUGUAAAAAUCAACAACCGGGAACAUUUCUUUGAUCCUGGUGAGGGCAAGAACACAGCUACAGUAAUCGCAUACUGCCUCGCCCUUGUCUCCCGGGUCUUUGAAGGAACAGCACAACGAGGCUCGAGCCUCAUCUUGAAGUUAUUGAAAAUGUUCGAACACCGCCAUUACCUGAAGCCACUGGUUGAUGACCUGGUGAAGGGGUACACAAGAGGGGUUCGACCCUAUGCUACAUUUCAAUCUCGCAGUUCCAAAUCACCUUACAGCCGUGUUUUUCGUAUUGCUCUGGCCUUAGCUCUCAUGGAUUUCAAAGCUGCACGGCCAUUUUGUGGCUUAUUAGAUGUUACGUCGCACCACUUUUGCUUCCUCUGUGAUUGUUGGCAUGUGGCACAUCUGGGCAGAACAGAUUACGAAAAUUGGACUGCAUUAGAUGAUGAACGUAUCAGAAAGGGUGCUGAGAUGUGGCGUGAUGCCAUGGUCAAGGAGCGCAAGGCUAUCGAGGAUCUCUAUGGUACCCGGUUAUCAGAGCUAUUGCGGCUCCCAUAUUGGCGUCUUCGUCAAAUUGGUAUCGAUCCUAUGCACACACUCUUCCUCAUUCUCCUUCAAAGGAUGUUUCGGGAUAUCUUGGGCUUAGACAAUCCUGAAGAUAUCAGUCGAAAGCCAAAAAAUCCUAGGUUCAAGUUCGCAUUCUAUCAUGAUUUUGUGCCUCCUCCACCAUUGUCAUCGCUGGUAGAGGAGACCGAAGUGCCAUUGCGCCGAUGGAGCAGUGUCAUUGGUUAUGUAUCUCAACCUAUAGACGAAAACCGACUCUCAUUGCUUAACUGGGGUCACCUCUCCUCCGAGCACCGCGCCCAUCGGGAGACCAGACUGGCGUCUCUGAAAGCUGAAAUUUCCAAUGAUAGCCGUGCGUAUCAGGCUGUCUUGGAAAUACUGAGUGAUUUGUCAGAGAAGGCCCCUGAAAACUCAUCGAAGAAGAAAUCAUUAUACGGGAGAAUCCACAAGCAGAAGUGGAUCGCAAUUCUCUUUGUUUGCGACAAUCUGGCCAUAUUCCCUGACCACAAAUUCCCUCAAUUCCAAAUCUCUUCAAAGAUAGUCAAAGGUAAUGUGACGAAGGAGAAUCUGACCAAUAUUCUAAUUGAUUGGCGCGUCGAUGGCAUCAAAGAGACAGAGGAUUUUGUAUGGCCCUUUUUCACACCAGUAAAUUCUCCACCUCCUACUGCUCCAUGGGCUCCCGGGCAUCCUUCAAGUACCACUGGAGACACGUCUGCUACCACUCGCACAUUAACUCCUGAGGGACAAGCGGAACUGAUGAGGGAGCUUGGCAAGUCCAUGAGUUAUUCUUCUGCAUUGGGAGUUGGUGGCAUUCAUCGGCUUCUGCAACAACCGUUAGCCCGAGACGAGCCAGAAGACGAGCUUCGGAAAGCUCUGAAGAAAUUUUCCGGGGAUUCGUUGGCUUAUGUUUGCACCGACCUCAAACGGCUUCCUGCAGGAAAAUUUGCGAAAGAUGACAUGGUCAAGCAGUUAAUGGCCUGGAGAAUGACAAAACCCAUCGAACAGAUGAAAUCGACCUCAAUUGACUCUCGAGAUCUAUUGCGGAGAGUGCAGCAAGUAGUACGCGAAGUUAUUACACCUGCUUGGGUGACGAACCCACCUCCAAAUGUCGGAUUCGCAUUCCGACAAAUCACAAACCUGGUAGGUGAAUUCGAACGUACAAUCCACCAUUCUUUCUGCACAGGCUCUUUCUUUCGCCAGUGGUUAAUGCGAUCUAAUGCUCCACCCAUCCUUUGGUAUUGCCAAAAACUUCUAGAUAAAGCCUACAACUAUGAUCGGAGGCCCUCUACUCAUUCCGACGACGACGAUGUUAGUGAACAUCCUGAUGUGGCAUCGCGGUCGAUCCGAAAGACCACCUUCACAAGUGCUCCAGAACUCACCAAAUUACUUGGUAAAGAGCCUGUUGAGUAUUUCAACCGCAUUCCUGCAUCUAAGGGUGAUUACACAAUCCCGGCUGAGGGUGCUUCAGGAAAUAGCUACAUCUGUUUCCAGCCAGAAGAUGACUAUCAACCUGGACGGAAGUGGGUGGCCGGUCAGAUUCAGCAUAUUUUCAGGCAACAGAACAACGGUCCCAUUCAACUUGCAGUUCUUCGUAGUCAGUCCGUUUUCCGACUCGAUCCGUUCUCCGAUUUUUGGGACAAUGGUUUUGAAGCCAAGUUGGUUUCUUCGAAGUUCGGAGGCACUCUCGAGGUGAUAGACAUAAAACAGGUUGCGGCACACACUGCUAGAUGGGCUAUCUCUGAUGAUUUGGUUGUAGCUGUCAAUCUCUGUGCAGAUUAA